GUCGAGCUGCAGUUUGUUGUCCGCACCAAUACGGCACGCGAGUCAUCCGCAUGGGCUGCGCUUCGUCCACGCCGACCGUGGCCCCGCUGCUGCCCCCACCACCGACUGCGGCGAAUGCACCUCGUGCAAAUGUGGAGGUUCAAAUGACAGGUCGUGCCAUCACCACCACGACAUCUCGUGCCCCAGAAUGUGACACCACCCUUGAGCCCGUCGACAACCCCGAUGUGGUUGCGCUCCUGCGUGUCGUCAAGCAAGGCAAUUUGGACAAGGUGCAGAGCGCACUGGCUGCCGCGCCGACGCUGCUCAAUGCCCGGGGCAUGUGGGACAGCACGCCGCUCCUAGUUGCGUGUCAGUACGCCCACGCGGCCAUCGCCGCGCACUUGCUCUCUCUCGGUGCAGACGUCACGUUGGUGAAUGAAAAGCACGUGUCGGCUGUGCUCUUGACGGCCCUCGAAGGCAUGCCAAGCGUGCUGACCCUUCUCCUCGCGACCCCUCGCGAACGCGUCGCCCCCCUGCUCAACCUCCGCGGCACCGUCUACAACUCGUUUACAGACAAGAACGCUGCGCUGACGCCGCUACUCGCAGCAUGCACGAACGGACAUGUCGAGUGCGUCGGUCUCUUGCUGGACGCCUUUGACGCAAGCGACCGAUCGAAGCUACUGAACGAAUCCUCCCACGACACGAAUGCAUUCGUUGCGGCUGCUCGACAUGGCCACACAGCCGUGGUGCACUUGCUACUCCAGCACGGCGCAAUAGCCUCCGUCGUCGACGCAGACGGAAACAAUGCGUUGCUACUUGCAUUGGCGAGUGGAUUCGAUGGGACUGCUGUCGCUCUCAUCGGCGCCGCCCCCGCGACUGCCACUGCCACCAACGCUGAAAAAGUUUCCGCUCUGCACAUGGCAGCGCGCAUGGGAUGCGCAGACACGGUGGAGCUGCUCCUAGCUACUCCGUCCUUGGUAGGGCCGCUGCUCAACGCGACCAAUUCCAAAGGCGAGUCGGCGCUUCUGAUGGCUGCCCGAAAGAAACACGUUCGCGUCGUCGAAGCGCUCGUGCGCGCAGGAGCGAACGUGGACGCGACCGAUGCUGCCGGUCAAAGCGCUCGGCAUGUGCUUGUCAAGACCAAGCAAGACUACCUGCUCGCCGUCGUGCAGUCGACGGCCGAAGCAACUGCCGCCGCCCAUCCCACCAUUUCGCCUUCGAGUACAACCCAAAGCACCACCUCGCCUUCCGACGAUGCUGCCCCCACUGGUUCCUACUCGACGAAACCAAUAGACAUCGCUACUUCGUCAUCGUUCAAGCUUGGCCAUCGCCGUCGCAGUAGCCGGAGGAAGCAGCUCGAGAGCAGAACGACUUCCGUCGCGGACGCCCCGAUACGACGGUUGGGGAGCCAUCGGUCGAGCGUGACGUCCACGUCCGACAGCGGAGAAAGUUCGCCUUUGACAGUGGGUCGCCGAAUCAAGUCCGUUCGCAAGUGUCCGUCGAGCAGCGCGAGCAUCUUGCCCAACUUGGAUCUGCUCGACGGGCUUGUGCCUUCGUCCGAAUCCUCUCAUUCGGCUUCCUCCAAGGCCAAGCCGUCCACGCUGCGUCCAAACUCCAGACACCGCCUCCAGAGCAUAUCCAAGUCAUGUCACAGCUUGAAAACCUCCGGCCCGUCCAUGUUGGCGAGGUCGGCAUCCAUGAAAGCUUUCCAAAGCAACCAAGUACAUCCAAGACAGAGCCAUGUGCAACCACUGCCAACCUCGAAACACUCGGCUCUCGUUACUCCCGACGGUACCGAUGCGGCAACGACACCCUUCGUGCUUGCCUACACCCAAAGUGGGGAGGUAGCGCUCUCGAUCGAAGCUGGCACAAACCGCCCCUCCGCACUGCCGCAACCGGCGGCUUCGAUGGACGCAGGUACCGCGACUCAGUCCCCCGAGCUCGCCCCCCAGACACAACGAGCCCUUGCGGCGCUGGAUGCUAUACCGACUACAGCCGAGAAACCAUUGCAGUUUGUAGGCACUCACAACAUGCAUGCACAUCGUCACGAAGGUGAUGACAGCGGUGCUGCCGACACGGGAGGCACUCCUCCACUUGGAUCGUUGCUUGAGCUAAACGUGCCUGCCGGUGCCGCCGCAUCGAGCACCUUUUUGGCUGGAAACGAAGGGAGCGCCGACGGUCAGGCUCCUCCGUGCCGAAAAUUUCGUCGCAACCCGACUUGCGGCGUCCUGACGUCGAGGGCAUCCUUUCGCCGCGGUAGCACCCAUGUCGGGCUCAUGCAGCAGCCCCCACUCAUGGCUGGAUGCGAAGAGAACGCGCCAAUUCGAAUCGGAAAGCGCGACAUCACAGCAACACGGCACCAUCGGUCCGUCAGCGUCCUCGCGACACCGUCGACACUGGACGCGCUCGACCGCAUCGGCGACGUCCCCGUCAAGGGCACGUCAUCCGCCUCCACGAUGCCCACCGUCAAUAACUUGGAUCCGUCACCUCGCAACGCUCGCAAGCGAGCGCUGUCGUGGAACAGCGUCGACGAGCUCAAAACGGUCAACCAUGAAGCAAUUGUGCGAAGGAGAUGCAGUGUUCAAGGGCCUGCACCGUCGUGA